UUGAAAAGUAAAAGUCAGCAAGAUAUCUGCAUAAAUUUAUUUUAUUUAUUUCUAAUGAUUUUAUUUUUAAUUGAAUUUUAUGUCUUCAGAAACUUUUUAGAAUGUAUUCAAACGGCAGCUGAACAAAAUGUAAAUACUAUUAAAAUGGCAACGUCGCUUUUCGGUAGACGCAGUCCGUAGUACGCACCGCACACUGCAGAGCAGACAAGCCAGACAACUCGCCAAAGGGUCUACCGGACCAAAAGUUUUACGUAUUUCGAGAAAUUUCUGACUCUGCACCCAAAUUUUUUGUGACUCGAACGUUCCCAGAGCGUUCUUUUUCGUACUGAGCUCUUAUAUUUUGGGCUCCGAACCAAAUCAGCAAAAUGUCAGUCGCUUUCGUUUCGCGAGGCCGGCCGCAGCCGAGUACCCAGCAAAUUCAAAAGAUGCUGGACGAGAACAGCCAUUUGAUCCAGACAAUCCAAGAGUACCAAAACAAGGGCAAAGGGCAGGAAUGCAUGCAAUACCAGCAAGUUUUGCACCGUAACCUUGUCUACUUGGCAUCGAUGGCAGACUCAAAUCAGAACAUACACACACUUUUACCCGCGCCUGGAACUAUGCAAGCAACAGGACAAGCGCCACCUUCAAAUCAGCAGCAAGGUGGUCCUCCUGAAAUGAAUGUCGGUUACAACGGUCCGCAGCAAGGCCCUCCUCCUCAUGGACCUCAAGGUCAAAAUCCCCAACAAGGGCCUCCUGCACCACAGCAGGGAGGAUACAGAGGUCCACCGCCACCUCAGCAGCAACCAAUGCCUCCAAACCAGCCUCAACCACGACCUGGAGCAGGGCAGCCAUACAGACCUGGUCCUCAGGGAUAUCCCCCUCAACCUCCCCAUCAGCCAUAUGGAAGCCAGUAUGGCCCUCAACCUGGAGCACAGAACUAUCCUCCCAACCAGCAAGCACCCCCGAGCAACUACCCGCCACCUCCGCAGCAGCAGCAAAUGCCUCCCUCUCAGCCCCCUCACUCUCAGGGGCCGCCCCCGCACAAUCAAAUGCCCUCGUCCUCGCAGGCACCACCACCCCAGCCACCCUCUCAGCACUCCGGGCCGCCCACCCAAGGUCAACCUUCGACGCCUCAGCCGUCAGGUCCGGUUGGAACUCCACCGCAGCAGAAUCAGGCGCCGCCUCCACCCCAACAACAACAACAACAGCAGCAGCAGCAGUCGCAACAGCCGCCUCAGCAAUCCCAGGCUCCUCCGCAGCAGCCACCAACCCCCCAGCAACAACCCCCACAAGGACCACCCCAAAAUUACCCUCCGUCUGGUGCACCUCCUUCAUCGCAGGGUCCGCCGGGACCGCAGAACUACCAGGGAGGACCUCCUCCAUCGUCGUACGGUCCACCGCCUCCAACUCAGGGUGGAGCUCCGUAUCCUGGCGCAGGUUCUCCCUACGGUGGACCUGGCCAGCCUCGUUACGAGCAGAAUCCAUCGCAGACCCCUCCGUCGUCCAACACCCCUCCCACAGGCCAAUAUCCUCCCCCACCCCAGGGUCCGCCAGGGCAACAGCAAGCUCCGCCUCCGCAACAGCAGCCCUACCCACCAACUACUUCGCAAGGUCCUGGAUAUCCUCCUCAGGGUCAGGGUCCGCCCCCUUCGCAGGCAGGGCCGCCCGGCAAUCAGCCACCUGGCAGUCCCGCACCCUAUCAGCAAGGGCCACCACCUCAGGGGCAGCCGUACCCUCCUUACGGUGGCCAGGCUAGUCCUUAUCACAACUACCAAGGCUACCAAGGCCAGCCUGGAUACGGAUACCAACAGGGUCAGUACCCUCAAGGACAGUACCCACCGUACCCUCCGAACGCAAACGCAGCAGGAUACAACCAACCGCCUCAGCAGCCAGGUCAGAACUAUCCACCCCCCAGCAAUGGACCGCCUCCAGGGCCUCCGCAGCAAGGUCCGCCGAAUCAGCCUCCAUCGUCGCAGGCAGCCGGCACCGCCCCCUACGCGCCGCCUCCAGCAGGCCAGACGUACGCCCCACCAUCGCAAGGCGCCCCCGGAGGCUACGGCCCUCCUCAGGGAGGCCCUGGUCAGUACCAGCAGUACGGUCAACCACCCCAGGGCUACCCGCCGCAGGGUCCUCCGCCAGCAGGUUAUCCUCCUCAGCAGUACAGCCGAGCGCCUCCCGGAGGCCCCCAGCAGCCGCCUCCGGCCGGCGCGCCUCCCCAGGGGCAGUACUACGACCAGACCAGGUUCCAAGGCUACCAACCGCCGCCCCAGUAAGGGCAGAAACUUUGAACAUUCCAGAGCGAAUUUUGAGUUCUUUGAUUUUGUGGUGAUAAAAAAGCGAAACGUUUUGUUUCUGGUGUCGUGAGACAAAGAACAAAGUAAUUUUUUAAUAUUAUUUAUUUUCCUACUUCUAUGCUGAUUUGUCUUAAGCAUUUGUGUCGGUUUGCUUCUUGACUUGGAACUAAUUACUUAAAUCAGUCGGGUUCCAAACCCGUAGUUGUCACAAAACCGUGUUUUAUUCGAGAUGUGAAGUUCCGUGUGUAGUUUUGAAAACAAACUAAUUCCAUUUAAUUAGUGAGAUGCGUAAAACUCGAAGGCUUCUCAUCCGUUUUUCAGUAGAUCAUCAGUAUUAUAGAAGGAUGCGCUGAGAAUUUUUUCAUUCAAAACUCGGCUCCUUGUUGUAAACUUUGAUGUCUCUUACAUCCCGGUGCAGGUGGUAAUUUGUAGCAUUUUAACCCUCCAUAUUACAGGCCGAGUAGCAAUUAGUCUGAAAUGUAAAUUUUGGUUGUCUUUUGUAUUUUAAUCAAUGAAAAAAUAAACCUCUAUCGGCUUUGUC